AUGUGUGUGUGUGUGUGUGUGUGUGUGUGUGUGUGUGUGUGUGUGUGUGUGUGUGUGUGUGUGUGUGUGUGUGUGUGUAAUGUGUGUGUGUGUGUGUGUAUGUGUGUGUGUGUGUGUGUGUAUGUGUGUGUGUGUGUGUGUGUGUGUGUGUGUGAGGGCAUCGAGGCGCCCGAUGACCUGUGCCUGCUGCGAUUUCUCAGGGCACGCAAGUUUAAGCUGCGCAAAGCGCUGCGCCUCUACUUGGAAGCCAAACAAGUUGUGGAAGACAACAAUUACGAUUUACUGUUUGAGCAUCAUCGCCCCUCGCCCUUGGAGCUCAAAUACUGGGCACAUGGAUUCUAUGGCAUUGAUCGCGGUGGAUACCCCAUCUACUGGCAGGCGGUCGGUCGAGUUGACCCCGUGGGUCUCUUCCGCGUGGGAACAAUGCAUCAGAUUGUGAACCACGAGAUCUUCUCGGCACGCCUUGGACUUUCCAUUUCAGAGCAGCUGACGCGCCGCCGGAAAGAGCUCAUCUCGCAGACGACCAUGGUCUUUGACUUGCAGGGGGUGUCCAUGCGACACGUCACCCGCAACUUUGUCAACCUGUUCACCGACAACGUCAGCAAGUUUGAGCAGGUCUUUCCCGAAUGUCUACACAAAGCCAUCGUCAUCAAUGCACCCCGAAUCUUCCCCAUGCUGUUUGGCAUGCUCAAACCGUUUCUGGCGGAGGACACCAUCAAGAAGAUCUCCGUCUGUGGCACGGAUCCCGUGCAAGUGCGCGCUGCUUUGGUUGACGCCAUUGAUGAGCACUGGAUUCCCAAGGAAUACGGUGGUCAAGCCGACGUCUCUGAGUUUGUGUCUUUUGCGGGUGCCGUUCCCGAGGAAGAAUUUCUCUCUGCCAGCUUUGAAGGUGACCACUCGGCAGAAGUAUCCAAAACGACCACAUAUACACAUUCCGUCGGUGCCUGUGAGCGAGGACAAGUCGUAUGCUGGACGUUGUUGAGUACUCAUUCGCUCGAGGCAAGAGUAAGCGUUGACGGCAUUGUCCAGUUUCAACGGCGUUAUGACUGUUUUGAUGCUCCGCAAUUCGACUACUACCCACUGGUGGAGGCCGGGGGUAAUGUCGAACUACAACUGGUGGGCACGUCUGGCAAAACAAGGAGCGUUGAUUUCACGGUGUCACUGGAAGACGGUCCCUCGCGGCUGGGUGAGCGCAUGCUCAAGCUUUGGCUUGAGCAGCAUGCAGAACACAUCGGCCCUGACCCGGACGAAGUCACUGAAACCACUUCGUCUGACCCACCGGUAGAGGCACCAGACGCGAUCAUGGAGACUGCCAGCCCUGCGCUUCUCGUGGCUGGCCCAAACCUUGUGCAGGCUUUACUAAACGAGCCGGAUUCCGGUCUCCUGUCGUCGGCACUUGUAUAA